GGGGCGCGGGCAGCGGGCGGCGUGCGCCAUGGAGGCAGGAGGAGAUGCAAAAGGGGGCGGCGGCCCCGCAGCCUCUGAGGACCCCCGGAGCCCUGUGCUCCCGCAACUCCCGCGCCGCCCGCAGCUCCUGGAUGAGGACGGAGGGCCCAGUGAGGAAGUGGCCGCAGAUGGGGGCAGGUCCCCAGCCCCAGAGGAUCCCUCGGCCAACGCCCAAGCCGAAGCCGUGGCCGUGUCCCCCGCCCAGGCUGAGGCUGCGGGGGAGGCCCACCAGGGGCCCAAGGUGGCAGCCGGCGGGGUGCCCAACAUCGGCUUCGUGGGCGAGCCCCCACCCUACGCGCCGCCGGACCCCAAGGCCGUGCACCUGCUGUACCCAUCCUUCCCGCAGGGGCCGGUCCUCUUCCAGCCUGGGCCCUCGCCCCAGGCCCUGUACCCGCCGCCGCCCGCCGCGCCGCCGCUCUUCACACCCUUCCCGGUGUACAACGGCCCCGUGGCCGGCGUACCGGCCCCCGCGGUGGUGGACCGCAGGCCCCACCCCAAGGACUACAUGAUGGAGUCCGUGCUGGUGUCACUCUUCUGCUGCCUGCUCACGGGGCUUGUCGCGAUUGUCUAUUCCCACGAGACGCGCGCCGCCCUGAGCAGGGGGGACCUGGCCCAGGCUGAGGAGGCGUCCCGCAAGGCCCGCUCGCUGGUGCUCUUCAGCCUGCUCUUCGGGGUCUUCGUGUCCACCAGCUGGGUCAUCUAUGUGGUGGUGGCGCUCUACCUCCCCUGA